CAAACGACUGAGUGAGUGGCGGGCGCGGAACAGAGCGCGCAAUGACGGCGCGGGCAUGGUGCGAGUAUGGCGCGCACCGAUGCGCUUUGAUGGUCCGGAGGGCUAAAGAAGGAAAAGGCUUUGGGAGGCAUCGAUCGUUCCUCGUUCCGUACGGCAAUCAAUCGGUUUUUCCUGCGCCGGCGGCCGACGCGACGACGACGACGACGUGCACUUCUACACAUGUGUCCGAGUGCACGUCAGCACGCGGUCGAUUUUCAGAUAGCACCGUUCCCUCCCACUCCAUUCUGCUCGACCGGCGUUCUCUCUCAGCGCAGCGUUUCACAGGUAGCGCACAAUGGCUGAAACUAUGGAGAAGAAGAAGGACGUUGUCGACGUCCUCGCCAAGAAGAAGAAGAAUUUCAACGCGAAGAAGUUCUUCGUCGAUUUGCUCACUGGAGGUACAGCCGCAGCUAUCUCAAAAACCGCGGUCGCCCCUAUCGAAAGAGUGAAGCUUCUACUCCAGGUGCAAGAUGCGUCGAAAACCAUUACCGCUGAUAAGAGGUACAAGGGUAUCAUCGACGUGUUGGUCCGUGUCCCCAAGGAACAGGGAUUCUUCUCACUCUGGAGAGGAAACUUCACAAAUGUCAUCAGAUAUUUCCCAACACAAGCUCUCAACUUUGCUUUCAAGGAUACGUACAACGUGAUGUUCUUAAAGGGAGUUGAUAAGAAAAAGCAGUUCUGGAGAUUCUUUGGUGGCAAUCUUGCAGCUGGUGGCGCAGCUGGUGCUACGUCUUUGCUUUUCGUAUAUCCACUUGAUUUCGCAAGAACCCGUCUUGCUGUCGAUAUCGGUAAGGGAAAAACUCGAGAAUUCCAAGGUCUAACCGAUUGCAUAGUGAAGGUGUUUAAAUCUGAUGGACCUAUUGGUCUCUACAGAGGUUUCAUCGUCUCCGUACAAGGCAUCAUCAUCUACCGUGCCGCCUAUUUCGGAAUGUUCGACACUGCCAAGUACUAUAUUGCUUCUGAAGGGAAAAAAUUGAACUUCUUCUUGGCAUGGGCUCUGGCACAGGUCGUGACUGUCAGCUCAGGUCUCACUUCUUAUCCAUGGGAUACCGUGCGUCGACGGAUGAUGAUGCAGUCUGGCAGGUCCGAUGUGUUGUACAAAAACACUCUUGAUUGUGCUACGAAGAUCAUCAAGAAUGAGGGUCUUGCUGCAAUGUACAAGGGAUCACUGUCGAACAUUUUCCGUAGUACCGGAGGAGCUCUUGUGCUGGCCAUCUACGAUGAAAUCCAAAAAUGGAUCAAAAUUGUUUAGACCUAUAGUAAAAAUUUCUAUUGCAUGGUAGGAUUGUUAUUGCUUUAACUCCAAAAGUAUUAGAGAUAGUUUAUCUAGUUUAUCGUUAUCAACUCUUUACUUGUUAAACGUUUUGAUUGGUUUAGCACAUUACAUGUGCGCAUUAGUAGAUGUGUAGGGUUGAGAAGGUGUUGGUAAUGUUGAGGUAAUCAAUUGAACAAGAUACAACUGAGGAAGAAUAUGAGAGUUUCGCGAAUUUGCGAAGUGUAACUUACACAUGCGAACGCUCCAGAGUAAAGUUGUU